UCGAUUCCCAUCAUAAAACGAUGGUCCGGGAACGUUUCUUCUUUUUCUUUCUUUCUUUCUUUUUUUUUUGUAAUUGUACUCCCUUCACCGAUUGCCGAUUGUUAAGAGUGCCAAGUUACGUUCGUAGGUAUAGGAAACGAGCGAAUGGCAGAAAAAAAUCAGGUUCGCUGUCCCGUAGGACGGCGAGCGUGGUGCCCGGUUUCACGGUCGAGGGCCAACUGCCGCACGCCACGAAGCCGCUUUCGUCGAGCUCCUCCUCGGCGUCCGGACGUAGUGAGGACGCGCCACAAUACGGUAGUCUGCCGGGUAGUGAUCAUCAGGGACAAUCGCAGCAAGACGAUAGCGGACCCGAGGGAAGCCCUGUGUACAUUUUGACCUCGGCCAAGGGAGGCCCUAGCUAUAAGCUUCGGGAUUCGAGAAUUAUAGAAAUCGCUGGUGGCCGAGAGGUAUUCUCGCAGAGCCGAGGGAAGGUGGCAGCUAGAAAGUCGCGAUUUUUGGCUGCGUCAAAUUCCAUAAAUAACGAGGAUAAUAUUCAAACUGAUAAUAAGUUGUCUGUUAAGAAGAAUAAUAAGUCUCCUAACUCGCAGACCAUAUGGGAGCUACGAAGUCGAUGCGGUGAAACCAGAAAGCAACGUGCAAAUCGAGAAGUGACGGAGACCGUGUUUGCCUCCGAAGUACAUUCGGUGCGACGUAACGCUACAAAAUCCAUUCUCGAUUACGACUCUCCUAAAAGCAACCGCAGCAAUCGCAUAAUUAAUUAUGAUUCAAUCUUGAAUAGCAAUAAUGUAGAAUAUACCAUACCAAAAAGUAUUACCGAUCUGGACUAUGGAUUACCAAAGAGCUGCGUAGAUUAUCAAUCGAAUCACAACACCCCCGCGAGAAGUAUGGCUAUUGUCAGCGACGGCGAAGUUGUGGUAUUUGACGAUAUCGAUGAUAAUUGGAAGGGGGGGUUGCGAUUCAAUUUGCCGUCGAGCAAUACGAAUCAAGUUACGACGACGAAUCUAGAUUUGGAGACAGACGAUUCGCAAAGAGGUCGUAUUGCACCGGAACCACCGAGUUCCAGCGUUGGAAGUACUCCUAGUCCGACGACGGCAUAUCAUCGCAAUACUUCAGAAUUUUUCAAAGUUGUUACACCAGCGAGUGAUUGCGAAGCAGAUUCUCCUUCUCCAGAACGUAAUCAUAAGGUUGCGAGAGUAAUUGGUGAAUUACCAAUCGCUCAGUAUUCUGGCAGCCCGAGACGUUAUGGAGUUCGUGAAAAUACACAGCUUCCUAGCUUAUUAUCAUCACCUUCAAUGUACAUGACACCGAGGCCUGGUUUCCCUCAAAGAGUAUUGCCAACAACACCAAAUCACAAUGAGAAGGAAGAUACUUCUGCAGAAAUCGUAGUAGACAAGACUGUGAUAGAAAAUAUUAACACUGAAGAUCAGCCUAUACAUCCUUCAUCUCCAUCGCCAAAAGUCGAAGAGGAAGAGGAAGAUUCUUUAAAGCCAUCAACUUUGCCUGCUGAUAAUAUAAGCAGUCUUGUCUCACCGGGAGGUAGCACCUUCGACUAUUUAUAUGAAUUUUCAGAGACACGGAAAGUGUUAGAAGAAUUCUUCAAAUGUCCGGCGCCGACGAAAGAAAAGGAAAACAAUAUAGAAUCCUUUCCUUUCCAGGAUCUUGAUUAUGAAUUAAGAAGGCAAGGUGGAAGUGCAUAUGUUGGUCAACGAUUAGCCAGUGGUCCACCUGCAACAGAAGAGGUUAUGGUACAUGAGUCUCCUAAAAAGCAACGGGCAGAAUUUCCACAAAAUACGGGUGAACAUGAAAACAACUUUUUGGACCUCUCAGUAGGUACUGGCAGCAGUGAAGAUCUUGGAGAGACUGAGGUUGGCUUGCAAGUGGGACACUCGCGUAAUUUUACACUAAGUCCCGAGACAACCGAUUGUGACAGUAAUUGCGGUGACUUGGACAGCGAGGUAUCCCUCAUGAUGAUGGAUAAUGAAUUGAUGCCAGCAAGUGGCCUUCUCGGAUCGGUCGGCGAUUUGGGGAAUAAUUCGGAUUCCCUGAGAAUAUACACUAGUAUGCCGGUAUUAGAAGACGGCCUGUCUAGUGGACACGCGAGUGAUACUGACAACAAUAAUCCUACUGUGAUGCUCAUGAAACGGCAAAUAAACGAGAUAGAGAAAGAGAUCAUACAGAGAACUCGUAACGACAUGUUAGGUACGAAUGAGAAUGACUCUGGGAAAGACGUUAGUCUAAAUGUAACAAAGGAUAUUUUACACACGUUGAAGACUACAUCUCCUGAUCUAUUUGUCGCGAAGAAGGAAAAUUCGUAUGACACGAACGAGCUCCAACUCGAUGGAUUGGAUCCACUGGGCACGCCGCCGCCUCCGGCACCUCAAGGACGACAGAGUGUAUCCUUAGAAGUAAAUUGUGGAGAGGUAGAAGCAGCCAUCAAAGAUAUUAGAAUGGCCCUACAAAGGACUAAAGCUCUACCUGUGAAAUCACCGUCGGAAGAACCACCAGAACCGAGCGUUAGUCCGAUAUGGAUACCAAGUAUAAUGGAUGGCAGGCGGAGAGUCUGUAUGGAAAGCAAUAGCGAAGAAUCUGAUGCGCGUCGUAUAGGUGACGAAGCUGAUGUGGAAAUUGAGGAAUGUCCAGACGAAGAGGAAGCGGAUACCGAUCUUGAAACAGAUCGAUUGCUCGGACAACAAAGAACGGACGAUCAAGGAUUUUACGACGAUAAGGGGUGGAGGAAGCCUAAGACUAGGACUAUGUUACCACCAAUGAAUGCGAAAGUCGCUACUCCAAAACAAACCCCUCCUAAAUCUUUGAGUGUCGCCCCGAUAGAAACGCUAGCGCCUUCCGAGCCCAUACCCUCGACGUCUGCCUCGAUCUCCCCUCCUCUUGUAGUGUCUGUUAUACAAUCGUCGUCUUCUAACGAGUGCGAAGUAGCCACUCCCGCGCAACCUACAUCGAGUCCGCAGAAGACCCCAGUCAAAAACUCCCCCUCAUCCCCUCAGAGCCUCAAGGAAUCCAACAACAAGGUGAAAAAGGAUAAGGAAGGAAAGAAAAAGAGCAGAAACAAAGAAGACUUGUUGGAUGAUCCAUCAGUGUUGAUCGAAGGUGUCCUAUUCCGCGCGAGGUACUUAGGAUCCACGCAAUUAGUAUGCGAAGGUCAACCGACGAAGUCGACCCGCAUGUGUCAAGCAGAGGAAGCCGUUUCCAGAAUAAAGGAUGAUGGGCCAGUGCCGAUGCAGGCAACACUCUUAAACUAUGGGGGGCAGCAUGGGUAUGGUCGCUGCAGCAUUGCCUCGCAAGGAAGCCUAGAGGAGGACGAGUGCGACUCGAGCGAAGAACUUAUAGGAAGCGCUUCUGGUGGGGGCCAGUCCGAGUCACAAGCGCUUGGGGCCCAGCCGAAACUGGCCCCGAUCAGUGGCUGCUUGGGGCCCACAACCGUUUUCAGACUACAGUUUCUUGGGUCGGUGGAGGUGGAAGAGGAAGGGGGACGUAAACGGCGUAAGCGCCUUAAGAACCACAUGGUGGAGGAGGCUGUGACAAAAAUAAAGGCGCUGGCACCGGACGGUGACACUCAACCAAGUACGGAAGUAGAUCUGUUUAUCUCAACGGAGAAGAUCAUGGUUCUUAACACCGAUCUGAAGGAGAUCAUGAUGGAUCAUGCGUUACGUACGAUUUCAUACAUAGCGGAUAUCGGUGAUCUAGUAGUGCUAAUGGCACGGCGACGUUUCGUACCGCACGAAAUGGAAGAAGUACCAAAAAUCAAUCGAACUCCAAAGAUGAUAUGUCAUGUUUUUGAAAGUGAGGAGGCUCAAUUUAUAGCACAAAGUAUUGGACAAGCAUUCCAAGUAGCUUACAUGGAGUUCCUAAAAGCAAAUGGGAUAGAGGAUCAUAGCUUUGUUAAGGAAAUGGAUUACCAAGAGGUGCUCAAUUCGCAGGAGAUAUUCGGCGACGAGCUGCAGAUGUUCGCAAAGAAGGAGAUGCAGAAAGAGGUAGUGGUACCGAAAGCAAAGGGAGAGAUCCUCGGUGUUGUGAUCGUUGAGUCCGGAUGGGGCUCGAUGCUGCCAACCGUAGUCAUAGCAAAUUUGGCACCGGCCGGUGCCGCCGCACGUUGCGGUCAACUUAACAUCGGCGAUCAGAUAAUAGCGAUUAACGGCGUAUCGUUAGUCGGCUUGCCUUUGUCCACGUGUCAGACUUACAUAAAAAACUCAAAGAAUCAAACGGUUGUCAAGCUAACUGUCGUGCCGUGUGCACCUGUAGUCGAAGUGAAAAUCAAGAGACCCGAUACGAAAUAUCAGUUAGGAUUUAGUGUACAGAAUGGAGUGAUAUGUAGUCUAUUGAGAGGUGGUAUCGCCGAGCGAGGCGGAGUACGAGUGGGCCAUAGGAUAAUUGAAAUCAAUAAUCAGAGUGUUGUUGCUGUACCGCACGAAAAGAUUGUUAAUCUUCUGGCUACGUCAGUGGGAGAGAUUUUGAUGAAAACGAUGCCCACAUCGAUGUUUAGGCUGUUGACCGGCCAGGAGUCUCCGGUGUACAUAUAAAAAGCGUUCAGUUGCCUGGCUGAUGCGUAGUGAACAGACAAUACAUCCACCAUCCACUACCAUACUAUCCGCUACCUUUAUUGUACAGGUUUAUUCUAUGCAAAUCGCUUUGUGUUUUCGAUUCUUAUGGGACGAUUCGAUACAUUCACCAGCUCCUGCUUAGUAAACGAGACCUACAUAGGUACGUCGCAGAAACGUUACUAAAUAUCUACUCAAGCAUAAUUUAUAUGAUUAUCAAUUAUUGUAAGAGAUAUACGUAUAGUACUUAUCAAUGAGAUUCUCUAUAACACAUAUGUUCCCUGAAAUCUUGCGAGCUAUUGUUUCAAUAACGGUCAGUGCAUUACGUCAAUGCUAUUGAUUUAUCAUCUAAGCGGUGUAAAAAUUAUGGUGAAAUUGCCGCAAUUAGGCAAUCAGGCAUUUGAUUUGUUACGAGUCUAGCGAAACGAUAGGGGAAAAAAUAUUGAUUUUCAGUACACAACAAGUGGAUGUUACAGAGAAUCGCAUUAUUCGCGCCAAGAAAGAUAGGUGAUGCAAAUGAGGCAGUUGCACAUGAUUAUAAAUAGCACAAAGCUCUUUACCAACAGCUGGAGCAGGGCUGGAACUGUAUAUUACGUAGUUUAAUGACGUAGUAACAUUUAUAAAAAGGAUCUCCUUCUAUCUCUCAUGGAGACACUUUAAGCUAAAGCGUUUAUUUAAUCUUUUUUAUCUUUAAGGCCGGCGAAUACUUGCGGCGCGAUGCCCGAGUAUAUUAAUUUGUACUAAAAUUAUUAUCUAUCGUAGUAACUUCGGACGCGUAAAUCUCGUGAUAAAUAACGCCAUAGUAAUUAUAUAGAAGAGCACAGUAACGUAUUCUGUACGAGAGGAAUUUUUUAAACGAGUAAAUUAUAAUACGUUUUUGCAAUAUAUUUAGCUGAUUUUCGAUAAAAGAUAUAAUAAAUUGCGUAUCAUUGAAUACGAAAAUGUCAUUGGACAAAAAUGUUGAUUCAACAUCAUGUAUGCCUACAUAUCGCUUUAUCGAUGCCUAUAUUCUGUGGUAUAAUACUCAUUUGUAUCAAAGAUAAAAUUGUAAUGUAGCACGUUUACAACGCGAUAUUAUUUUUCAGAGGAAUGUUUAAAAAUUCUUCAUAUUAUGCUUCAUAAACGACUAUCUAAAUUGCGGGUUUAAACUUUAAAAAUUUAUUAGGAAAUUGUAUACUUACAGAUAUCGUAAUAUUUGGAGCAAACAAAACUUAAAAUCUUUUUUUCAUUGCCUAUUUUCUCGCCAGUUAUCGGUCGUAAAAAAAUAGGCAAUUAAAAAAAGCUUGAAGUUUUAUUUGCUUCAAACUUUACGAUAUCCGAAAGCGCACAAUUUCCUAAUAAAUAUUUAAAAUUAGUAUGUUUUUUUUUUUUUUGAAAAAAAUAUGCGCGUAUGUGUGUAUGAGGUAUGCGUGUGAGAUUUAAUUCGUAUUUCUUGGAUGAUAAUCAACUGUAAAAGCUUGUAAAAGUCAUCUUUGUUCCCAGUAUGUUACAUUAAUCGUUCGCUUUUUCGAUCACAUGUUGAUAAAUGUUGAGAAAUGGCUGUGUAUUUAAGAGUCUAGAUUUUAUAGACAUAAGAUCGCACGCGAUGUAGGCACUUUAGAGUAGAUGCCUUUAAACUUUUUAACACUUUACGUCCUCUAGAUCUCUCUUGAUAUUUUAUAAAUUUCCUAUUUAUUUUAAUAGAGAUUCAAUAUCAUCUCCAUCGAACUCUUAAUUAUAAAUCUUUAACUUAAUAUAUAUAUAUAUAUAUAUUUCUUUUAUAGUACGAAUUGUUCAAAGUAUCAUGCUGAUUUUUUAAAUAAUUAUCGAUUAGAUAUUUCGGAAUUUUCUCACGCCAUUCCAAAGCAACCUCAAUUUAGAAAAUAAUAUUUUUAAGUGCUCUCAUUUUUUUGCAGAUUUCUAUAAAAGAGUGAUAAAAACAUUUAAAAAUCUAUUCCUAUCAAUACCUACUUCAUCAAUAUCUACUUUAUCUAAUUUUGUAGAAUAAGGUUCUUUUUAAUUCAGUUCUCCGCGUCCAUACAAAUUUAGUUUAUAAAGAUAGUUCUGAUAAUUAAUCGUAAAAAGGCUUUUAGAUGACACUUUAUCAGCUUGCAGUAAGUCUUCACUCACCAUGUAUAAUACUUACAUGUAAAAUAUGUAAAUUGUACUCGAUUUAAUGUGGCUUCACUGCAUAUAGGCAUACAAAAUGAGACAUCUAACUUUUCCCAACUCUUGUAACUCUUCUUGUCAAUGGAAAGUUUCUUCUAAAAUAUAACAGACUGACUUCUAUGUAUAACCCAAUAAGAUAAAAAUUAUAUUGAUUCCAGAGAAAUGUAACUUUGGAGAAAUGUUACAGUCGUACUGCUAAAAAAAGGGAAGAAAACGUCUCUUCUAUAUAAAUACUACAUGCCAUAAUAAUCUAAGUUUUAUCUAUUUUUGCUGAAGAUUUCUCACCUUUGAGCUAUUCUGCUUUAAAUAUCAAGAAGUGUGCGAUGACAAACUUUGAGAUUCCUGAUGUCUGAUAAAAUUUCAAUGCCAAAGUACAUUAAUUAGUGAGGCGUAACAACGGGACAGCACAUAAUUUUUGACGAACUGAGAAUUAUUCAGAUUUUGUCAGAGAAUGUGUAAUUAUUUAAAGAAUGACGUGUAUCCUAAUUUAUUGAAAGUUAAGCUUAUAUUGUCUUCACUUCUGACAUCAUUCAGAUACAGGGCAUUUAAAGAGAAAGCGUUCAUAGGAUUAAGUAGGAUAUUUAAAUAAAUAUUAUGCAAAAUAUAUGUAAUAAACAUAAAAACAUUAUCUUUUCGAAGAAAUUAGGUUACGCUCGACAUUCAAAUCGAGAAUUGUUUCUAUUUAUAAAAUAAUCAAAAUUGCGAGGCAUGUUAAUUAAACAUUUUUCACUUAAUGAAUACGCUCUCCAAAAAAAAACCAUGAACUUUUUUUUUUAAACUGCCCGUUCAAUCAUAGAAUUUAUGUUCACACAUAAGUAUUGUAAAAAGUCGUACGUAAAUUUGUUUAAAUAAUGAGAAACGAUAGUUUUAUAACAAAUAAACUAAAAUUUAAUUUCAGAAGUGUUAUGGGCAUCUUUUGGCUUUGUAUACAUAAUGGACAUGAAUUCUUUGUAUCUGAAUUUAAGUCAAUUCUUCAAUUAUACUGAUAUUUUCAAAGAUCUCUUAUUUGCCAUAGACGUGAUAUUUCCUAUGGGACAAUUCUCUGUGAGACGCGUGGAUAAAGAAUAUGUAUAUACAAUUUUUUUGUUGUCUAGAUUGACUUAAUGAUGUAAAAGCGGAAGUAAGGCACAGUGCUGUAAAUUGUUGCGCACAGCAAGUCUCAUGAGGAUAGUUACGUGAGAAAUAU